AUGGAUAAUGGAAAGAGAAGUGAGCAACAUAUUGAAAAUGUUGGGUCUCCGGACCCAGAUAGUGUCCCCAAUAAGCAUACCGCAGUCGAUGAGGAACUGCGCAGGUAUGUUGUCGCCGCUGAUACCGUCCAAGUCGACGAGGUCAUGGACAAAAGGCUUCGACGAAUGAUUGACAAGCGGGUUCUUGUUGUGAUGGUGGGCACGUACUUUCUCCAGUCUCUAGAUAAAAAUGCGAUUAGCUUCGCAGCUAUUAUGGGAAUCCAGGAGGAUGCGCAUUUGGUUGGACAGGAUUAUUCGUGGCUUCACACGGUCAUAUAUUUUGGCAUCCUGUUUGCUGAAUAUCCCACCAACUUUAUUGUUCAGAAAGUACCAAUUGCAAAAUAUCUUGCGGCAAACAUUUUUCUCUGGGGAUUAACUCUCACAAUGAAUUGUUUCGGGUUUAAUUUUGCCAUUCUUUGCGCUCUCAGAGUUUUGCUUGGCAUCUUCGAAGCCGUGUCGCAGCCCACUUUUUUGCUCCUCUCAUCGAUGUGGUAUAAGCGGGAGGAGCAGGCGUAUAUUGUCGCCUGCUGGUAUGGAAUGAAUGGCGUCCAAGGCAUCGUCGGCGGCCUGUUUGCGUAUGGAAUGAGUCAUGUCCAUUCACCCGUCCUUAAGUCGUGGCAGUUCCUAUUUGUGCUCCUCGGCUGCAUUACAUGCAUCUGGUCUAUAUUCGUUCUGUGGUGGAUGCCUGACAGCCCUAUGCGUGCGAAGUGCUAUUCGGAAUCCGACCGUGUGCUCAUGAUCGAACGAGUUAGAGCCAAUCAAACCGGUAUCCAAAAUCGCAAGUUCAAGAGGGAGCACGUGUAUGAAGCUGCUCGGGACCCGCAGAUUUGGCUGUAUAUUUUAAUUCAAAUCAUUAUUCAAAUACCUACUGGAGGCUUGGGAUCCUUCUCUACUAUUCUGAUUAAGAACUUCGGAUUUACAGAGCUUCAAACCGAACUACUAUCGAUGGUGAAUGGGGCCGUCCAGUGCGUAGUGCUACUGGGUGCAGCAUGGCUGUCUCGUCAUUAUAAACAGACAAUUCUGUUCCAGCUUGCCUUCCUGCUCCCAAAUAUUGCCGGGACGACAGCUUUAAUGGCUGUCCCAAUCUCACAUGCAACAAGAAUAGGUCUUUUGAUUGCUUACUGGUGCACGCUAUCUUUCUGGGGAACGACGGUACUCUUGAUGUCACUGCUAUCCCGAAAUGUGGCGGGCCAGACGAAAAAAUCAGUUAGCACUGCUUCACUGUUCUUUGCCUGGGCCGAAGAGGACUGGAGAGCAUCGGAAAUGAACCUCCACAAUGCUUUUGAUGAUCUAACAGAUCGGGAGAAUCUGAGCUUCCGAUAUAAAUAUUAG